UUCCACAAUAAAAUGCUAGAACUGGCAGGUAAACUCUAGAUUCCGUUAUUCUGGGUGGGUCCGUUCACUGUAAAUGCACCGAUGUGGAGCCAAACCCUCCUCUGAACCUGAACCUGUCAACAGUCCCGUCAGAAGCAUCAUUUAAAGCAGGCGUAAUGAAUGAAGCUCUUCCUGUGACCAUGACACAAACCAAAGAAUGUGCACCUUCAUUCUCGGGAUGAUGGAGGUAUCGUUUGAAACAACACCUCGCUUCUUGCAAAAACAUCUGGGGACUAUUAUGGGUUAUAAAACAGCAGCGCGGGAGUGGCUCCACCGCAGACUGAAUAACAAUAGACACAUCUGGCCUGGACCUCGUGCCACGUUGUUACUCGCUCGCACGGAAGUCACUCAGGUGUCAGAAAAACAUCAAACCGCGUGUGUUUUUGGCUGCCGUCGGUCGGGGCGUCGCCGUGAAGCCAGCGUCCUCCCGCUCCUUCAGGGUUAAGUUCUCACACACACUUGACUUCCUCCUGCAAACCUCUCGCUCCAACGGCCCGCCUCGUUUUUUUCCACGUGUGCGUUAUAAAUAGUGCCGUGUGUUCUGUUGACUGCCCAUCCUGCGCUCAGCGUGACCGUCUCUGCACCGCCCGCCUCCGCUCAGUCGCUCACCUUUCACUUCUCACAGACUCCAGUUCAAACUUGUCUUUCGUCCCUUUUUACACCGCUACUCUGCUUCACUCAGGGGCAGUUUCCAGGAUUUUCCGCUGACAGACUUGAAGACGACCUGACUGAGUGAUACUGGCGCCUGCAGGGAUGCGCUGCGUGAGCUGGCUGUUGCUAGGCACCUGCCUCCUGGUCCUGGGCCCCGCGCUGCAGGGCGUCCUGAGCCAGUGUCCGAGCCUGUGCCACUGCCACGGCGACCUUCAGCACGUCAUCUGUGACAGCGUGGGGCUGAAGAAGAUCCCCCGGGUGUCGGAGGCCACCCGCCUGCUGAACCUGCAGAGGAACAACCUCAGCAGCAUUCCCACGGGCGCCUUCAGCGAAAGCAAAGGGCUCAUUUCCCUGCACAUGCAGCACUGUCAGCUCAAGGAGAUCGGCUCCCAGGCCUUCAAGGGGCUGAAGAAGCUCAUCUACCUCUACCUGUCCAACAAUGACAUCACCACCAUCAGGCCGGGCGCCUUCGAGGACCUCACCGAGCUCACCUACCUCUACCUAGACGGCAACAAGAUCGGCGACUUGGCGAAGGGCAUCUUCUCCCCCAUGAUCAACCUCUUCAUACUGCAGCUCAACGACAACAAGCUGAGGGAGCUGCGAGCCGGAACCUUCGCGGGCGCCAAAGACCUGCGCUGGCUGCACGUGAGCAGGAACGAGCUGAGCGCGCUGCAGCCGGGCUCCCUGGACGACGUGGAGAACCUCGCUAUCCUCCACCUGGACGGGAACAAGAUUUCCACAUACCCCAGCGCGGCCAUGAGCAAACUGCGCGUGGUGGAGGAGCUCACGCUGGGGAGGAACCCCAUGAGGAGCAUCCCAGACAACGCUUUCCAAAGCUUUGGACGCUACAUGGAGAAGCUGCACCUGGACAACAUGGGCCUGGAGAAGUUCUCAGACGGUGCGUUCGCUGGCGUGAGCGCGAUCAAGUCGCUGCACCUGGACAGCAAUAAGCUCAAGUCUCUCCCCCGGAGUCUGGACUACAGCACCAUCACCAACCUCACCCUUUCCAACAACCCGUGGAGCUGCGUGUGCCAGCUCGCCCCGCUGCGCAAGUGGAUGGACUCCACCCGCAGCCGCCCGGACGCCGUGUGCGCCUCCCCGGCCUCGCAGAGGGGCAAGCAGGUCCGAGACAGCGCGGCCUUCAGCAGCUGCAGGGUCAAGUCCAGACGGGCCAAGAAGGGCGCGCGUCACUGAGCGCGGCCGCACAGGGACGUGGAAGAGGAUUCAGGCAGAGAUGAGCAACCAAAACAACAGCGACUCAUUCUACUUCAGGACCAGCAAAGUCUAAUCAUCUCUCACACCAACACCUCAUGAUCUAUAUGGACCUGGUACAUUAAUCAUUGCCUUAAAUUCAUGUAUACCCUCUCUUAUUUAUAUAAUAUUGACAUGGAAAACGUGCAGGAAACCACCAUAUAAACUAGGAGAACCCAUUGGAGACAGAUUUCCACCUCUGGGUGGGUGUGAACACCAGAUUGUGUGUGAAUGAUUAGAAUGAGACUGUACACAGCUAAUCUGCAGCCUGAUUGGGGGCAGAGGUAAAGCCCUGCAAUGCAGUAAGCAAUGACUCAUUAUCAAGUUAAGCUCUGUAAAGGAUCAUCUAUUAAGUGUUUUAUGUUGAAUGUAUGCAAAUAACAAUAAUGCAAUGCAUUAUGCAAUGCAGUUUAUUCUGAAAUCCCACUUAAAUGUAUUUAAAUUGUAAAAACUUCUAAACUAUCUUUAUAAAUAUCUAAUGUAUUGUCAGUACAUUUCCUGGACUUUUGGAAGUGAUGACAUCAAAUAAACCUUUAUAAAACUGAA